AAGCUUUUAACAUACGUCACAUUGUUAGUUUCGUUGACCAAUCGGCGCCUCGAGGCGCAACGCACGCGGCAUUUAAAUCCGCGAACGUUCCGAUCAAGCGUGGUUUUGGCGCCGGACCUAUUCGAACCGCAUGUGUCAACACCGCGCUUCGUUCGCAGUCCUGGGUGGAUCCUUUUCUAGCGUGCAGCUGUCAUGGAAGUCGCCGACGUCGCCCGAUCGUUCGUCCAGUCGUGCACCCUGCAGCCGGCGGCGCACGAAGAUUCCACCUCCCCGUCGUCGUCGUCUUACGCUCAGCGACAACUGGACGUCCUCAAUGGCAUGCUGGGCUCGCGUGACUUGACCUUCUUUGCCGGACGCAGCCGGCUGGCCCAUGAAUGUGUCACGUGCUGCGUAUCCAUCCUCUUCGAUGUCCAGCCGAACCUACAGCUCUGCAGCAAAGUUUUGACCUUGUUCCAGCAUCUGGCCAAAGAUCCACAGCUGCUGGAGUGGCUGCACGAAGAGUUCGAGCUCCACUCCGCGCUUGCGGAGUUCUUCCAGAACCGCGCCAUCGAAGACAAUGUUCCGAUGCAACUACAGGUCAUCCAGCUUCUGCGAGACCUCUGCUACAGACAUCAGGUGACGCUGACAGAAUCCAAACUUGGCUAUCUCGGCGAUUUUCUAUUCAAACGCAUGGAUAUGGGGACUGACGAGCUGUUUGUGCCGUGCUUGGAGCUGCUCAACCAUCUGUCGUGGAGCACGAGUGCGCAGCAGUACAUGAAGAUUAUGCCACAGCUACCAAAGUUGUGUCGGGCGCUGGUGCCAAUGACCACAUUUGACAACAGCUGCGUGGUCAUGCACACACUGGCCAUUUUCGCGAACCUCUCACUCGAUGAGUUCAUCAGCAACAAGAUGUUCAGUCAAUCAAUGAAGCAGACGCUUCAGAUUCUCCUGUGCACGGUUGUGGCGAGCAACAUCGCAGCCAGGAGGAUCGCCACAGACAUCAUCGAAGACCUUCUUAACCACCCGGAGCGCAGGGCCUGCAUACUCAAGUACCACAAGAUGAUGGUCUCCUGUGCAUCGAAGGUGGCCGAGAAACAAGCACAGAGAGAAUCUGAGGACUUGCGGACCACCAUCAACCUCCUGGCGAUCGUCUUGUCGGUGCCAGAGUUUCUGGAGGGAUACGUUGGCCGGACGCCGAGCACGAUUGAAGCCCUGCUGUCUCUGCUUGUCGAUGCUAUCGAGACAAAUGCCAAUUUGCUUGACGUGGUGCACACCAGCAUCAAGCUGGUCACGCUGCUCACCAAGGAGAUGAGCACGCAGAACCUCCUGGUAGCCCACAAUGCGCCUGUGACGGCUUUUCUAAAGGCAGUCGCGGUCCUUCUGGUCUCCCUCCAGGACCGGGAAGUCGAGGGCCUCUACUUCGCCCCAGAAAUGUACCUGGCCUGCCUGCGCUUCUUUCACACCCUCAUGGACUCGGGUAUCUGUGGCGAGACAAUCAUCAAGCAGUGUAUGACCAUGGAGCAAAUCAGGGCCCUUCUGAAGCCGUACCUUGCAAAGGACCCUCAGUGCCUCCAGGAUGCGUGCAUCAUCAAGCAAGUGGAGGUUGUGACCACAUGCCUAGACUUUCUACGGCAGUUCAUGACCAAACUCGAAAAUGCCGAAGAGUGUCUUCAGGAACUCCUCCAGGAACCCACGACUUCAAGCUACCUGUCAGUAGCCCUGUGCUUGGGCAAGGAGGAUGUGGUCAUGCCAGCCUUCAACCUCACGAUCAUGGCAAACUUUCAACAGAACUUCAGCCGUGAACGGUUCGUCCAGUCCCUGGUGUCAGUCAAUCGCAAGCGCAAGGCCCUGGAGUCUCCCGCGAAGCGAGACAAGCCUUCCCCACCACGGCACAUGACGAGAACGCUGUCACGCUCUGCCGCGCCCGCCAACAACAACAGGCGACUCUCUGUUGAAAACAGCAUGGAGAGGAUUACGCGGAAGCUGGAGCAGAGCUUCGAGGCGGGAGAGCUGAAGCAAUCUGAGAUUCUGGCCGUCUAUGAGAACAAGAUCUUCAAGCUCAAAGCUCGCGAAGAAGAGCUUCUGCAGCUGCUCGAGACGAAGACUGCGGCUCUUCAGCAGUCAGAUCGGCUGGUCACAAAGUACGCCUGCAUUGAGGCCAAGAACGAGGCUGAGGUAGAAGAGCUGCGCAGCCUUUUACGGUCAUCUGAGCGCCGCAUCGAAGACACCGAGGAGAGGAUGGUUGAGGUGGAGAAGCGCAGCGAAGAGACUGUGCAGAGCUUGAAAGCGUCGCGAGCCAAGGUGAAAGCAUUGAAGGCCCACGUGGAGGAACUCGAACAGAGGAAUAAUGACCUUGACGUGAAAGCGAAAAGGCUCGAAGUGGUCCUGAAAAGCCUGGAGUCUGCGCAGCAGGAGAUCCAGUCUCAGAAGGAGAUGAUUGCGAUGCUCCAGAAACACAACGAUUCCUUGAAACUCAAGCACGAAGCUCUGACCAAGGCAAACGAAGAGCUCGAGUUGGCCAACCAGAACCAAGAAAAGCUGCUCAAGGAGCACGAGGCCAAAAUGAAAGAUCAAGCAAGGUGCCUCCACAAGCUCCAAGGCAGCUUGGAUGAGAAGACAGCCCUUGUGAAGUCGGUCAAGGCUGAGCUCAAGAGUAUAAACGAGGCCAGCAUAGCACUGCAAAAAGAUAACAGUGCGCUGGAGCAACAGCUGCAUGCUCUCGAGGCCAAGUGUCAGAAGAAAGACGAGGAUCUCAAGAGCAAGUCCAGCCAGCUGACCAAGUUGACCGCUGAUCUGGACAAGCUGAAGAAGAUGCAGGAGAUGAUCCAGAGCAUCAGCGCUGGCAUCUUGUGACCCAGCGACUCGCCCAAAUAUUUGCGUCUUAAUUGUGUGUCAUUUGAGUAAUAUGACGAGUGCCUCGGCAUUGUAGCAGGUCGAUUUUAGUACUGUCUGCAUGUUAAUAUAAUAACGGGACAAACAAUGAAUCGUAUCCACUUGUUUCAGCAUAUUUAUUGUUCUGAUUAUUGUCACUCAGCAUUCCUAAGCAUGACCUGCGGUCCCGAUGAGGCUGGAGCAUUUUAUACAUCAAAGAAAACAGCAUGAAGUCGUUUUUCAUAUAUAUUUUAACUUUUGACUCUUCAUUUUUAAUAUUUGACUCUUCAAGCCCAAGGAAUUAUUCUUUGAAGGGCUGCUGCAUAAUGCAAGGCUUUUAGGGAGGAGACCAGAGAUAGUCCUGAUAGAACUGGCCUUAGUUCUGAUGCUCCAAUGGAGACGAGUUAGGUUGGUAGAGUGCAAAUAAAUGUCUGGGGGGACAUGCGCGCCAUGCGUUAUCAGGGUUCUAAACAACUUUUCUGUCACCACCCCUCCUUUGCUUGUUCAUGGGAGCAUUAUGGAGGACGAGUAAUAUCUGUGGGGCUCUGGCAGUAAGUGUGCGCCUUGAAUUACUAUGUCUGAUCGCGUGCACCUUAUUGUUAAGAGGCGAUCAGCGGAUGACUUGCACUGUGUUGUGCUCUCGUUGCAAAGUGUACUGGGCAGCGCGAAGGUCACUUUGCUCGCAGCGGCAGCCCUGUUUUUUAAACGAGUGAGCCGCUAGCUUUUUUAUAUAUUUAUUAUUAUUGUGAUAUCGGAAAUGAGGCAGCUGCUCAUAAUGUUCAUUUUCAAUACUAUACCCUACUGAAAUGUUAUGUAUGCUUUUCCUAUAAUUUCGUAUGCUUCUGUAAGAUUCCUCAGAAAAACGUAUGGAUUCUUGUUAAAAUACGGAAUCGUUAGAAUGGAAUACCGAAGAUUUCGAUAGGGAUUGUUUUCCUGUGCUGAACUGCUUCUCAGCAGCCUCAAAAUCAAAAAUUAUUAUGUCCACCUUGAAAAUUAAGUAGGAGGAAAAAGGCUUAGUUCACGUGACUUUCCGAGCAGCACCAGCUACAAGAAGAAAAUUGAGCGUUCGCAGAACACACACAUGCAUCUAAGCGUGUUCUUUUCUAUUCGCCUUUCUAAUGAAUGCUCCCAUGAUGCCGCCAUAAGUUUUCUGGGCUGUGAUCCAGCGAUUCACCCGAAUUUUAAUCUAAUUGUGUGCCAUUGUUUUAGUAAUAUGACUAGUACCUCGGCAUUGUAGCAGAUCAAUUUGUAGUAUAGUCUGUAUGUUAAUAAAUGUAUUAACCAUUAAUCAUA